AUGGUGUUUAUAAAUAGCCAAAAGGAGUGGCGUAGAAAGUCCUAGUUGCUUGGUAGUUUUUUUAUAUCUAGUGGUAUGUGUCAAAACAGCAAAUGCCCAAUAUGCAAUGCAAAAGGGGGACUUUUAUGCGGUGCUUGUCGUGAAGUCAGCUAUUGCAGCAAGGAACACCAGAGAGAACACUGGAAAAUUCACAAAACUGCAUGUCACCCAUAUGAGGUGAAAAGGAGUCCUGAUCUUGGACGAUACCUGACAUGCAAACGAGACAUAGAAAUACACGGCACCAUACUCACUGAAUUGCCACUCGUAUUUGGGCCGAAAUUUUCCAGCCCGACUCCUCAAUGCUUAGGGUGCUACCAGCCCCUCGAUUUGGACAAUAUCGAGGCAAGGUGUCCGAAAUGCAACUGGCCUGCAUGCAGUGCUGACUGUCCAGGGCUGACGCAUCGUCAUCAUCAUUUGCAGGAGUGUCUUGUCUUUAGUUUGAACACAGACACUGAUGAAUUGGGAUAUUACUAUGAAGCUGUCACUCCUUUACGUUGUUUGCUGUUGCAAAAACGAAAUCCAAAAAAAUGGGAUGAAUUGAUGUCGAUGGAAUCACAUAUCAAGAAAAGAGGGAAAGAUAGCGAUGUUUAUGAGGAAACGGAUCAAAUAGCUCAGUACCUUGUAAACAAUUUUUUAUGCAAGCUGGACCACUCAAUCUUACCAAAAAUGAGUGUUGAAAUUAUUCAUGUGAUAUGUGGUAUACUUGAAGUCAAUGCUAUGGACAUUGGUACAGGAAAUGGUGAAUUGUCAGCCUUAUAUCCAAAUGCGUGUUUAAUGGAGCACAGCUGCAUCCCGAAUACUCGUUACAUGAUCCAACUGGAAGAUUUUAAAAUCACCGUACUCUCAUCGCAAAAUUUAAAGAAAGGCGAUCAUGUAGCAACUAUGUACACACACAUGUUAUGGGGAACAGCGGCCAGACUUGAGCACUUGAAGAAUACAAAAUAUUUUGUGUGCAAAUGCAAAAGAUGCCAGGACCCAACUGAGCUCGGUACUAAUUUGAGCACACUGAAGUGCAUAGGAACGUCACCGGAUGACAUAAACACACCUUGCACCGGGCUGAUUCUUCCUCAAAACUCGGUUGAUGAUAAUUCUGACUGGAAGUGCACUCAAUGUCCAGUCAUACUAACGGGGAGACAUGUUGCUGAUCUUAUGUCAAGGAUUGCUGCCGAUGUAGAUGCUACAUUGGAGAGUCCUAGUGUAAAGAAACUUCAAGAUUUCUUACUGAAAUUGGAAAAAUUGGUUCACAAAAAUCACUACCACUGCUUUAUGUUGAAGCAUUCGCUCGUCCAACUUUUAGGGAGGGAAGAUGGAUAUACUCAUGACAAAAUGAGUAAUGAAGAUCUUCAAAAAAAGAUUGACAUGUGCAAAGAUCUUUUGGACGUGAGUUCAACUUUGGACGUCGAGAACACACGAGUAGUGCUUUACAACGCUGUGAUUUUACUGGAAUUAUUUUUGACAAUGUUUGAACAGUACAACCGGACCAAAGGAAAAUUGGAGAAGAGCAAACUCCUGGAGGAGGGCAAAGCACAUUUGGAAAAUUGUAUUUACAUUCUCAGAUUCGAGCCGCUCUCUUCGUCAGGUUCGAGGAUAGCCAAUGUUUGCAAAGGGCAUUUGUUUAGAAUUAAAAACGAAUUAAAAAAGUAUGAAGUUAUUGAAUUGUAGAUGUUAGAAUUGUCAAUAACUGCUGAAUAAAGACAAACCUGAAAUAUAAAAAUUUUAAAGUU